CAAUACUGUCGAGGAUGAAGCUCCAGCGAGUGCAGCUGAAGUGUAAGAAUUUACAUGAGUUCCUUCAAGAACUUAGUCCAGGAGUCCUUGAUCGUCUGUACAAUCAUCCAGCAACCUGUUUGGCGGUGUUUAGGGAGCUCCCAGGCCUGGCUAAGAAUUAUGUAAUGCGUAUGCUGUUUUUGGAACAACCUUUGCCACAAGCAGCAGUUGCUUUAUGGGUAAAAAAGGAGAACUACAAGGAACAUGAGGAAAACACACAAGUUCUUACUGGACUGCGCUUGUGGCACACACAGCAACUCCCUGGUGGUCUACAGGGAUUAAUUCUAAAUCCGAUUUUCAGAGAAAAUCUUAGGAUAGCGCUUUUGGGUGGAGGCAAACCUUGGGCAGAUGACGGUAGUCUGCUUGGACCCGAUAAACAUGGCAAAGAUGUACUUUCGUUGGAUAAGUAUGCAGAAGAAAGAUGGGAGGUUAUUUUGCACUUCAUGGUUGGGUCACCAAGUGCAGCUGUUAGCCAGGACCUGGCCCAACUUCUUAUUCAGGCUGGUCUUAUGAAAAGCGAGUCUGGGGAAGCCCCUUGCAUUUCAUCUGCUGGUUUCCAGUUUUUGCUUUUAGACACAGCCUCGCAACUCUGGUAUUUCAUGCUUCAGUAUCUGAAAUCGGCAGAGUCACGUGGGAUGAAUUUAGUGGAGAUCCUAUCCUUCAUGUUCCAGUUAAGCUUCUCGACACUGGGAAAGGAUUAUUCUGUUGAAGGCAUGAGUGAUUCCUUGCUGACGUUCCUACAGCACCUACGCGAGUUUGGUCUGGUGUUCCAAAGAAAAAGAAAAUCUCGUCGAUACUACCCCACACGGUUGGCCAUAAACCUCGCGUCUGGCGUGUCUGGUGCUUCUGUCGAUAACCACAAGCAAGGUUUUAUUGUUGUGGAGACAAACUACAGGAUCUAUGCGUACACAGAUUCCGAGCUGCAAAUUGCCCUCAUUGCACUUUUCUCUGAGAUGCUCUAUCGUUUUCCCAACCUGGUUGUAGCGCAGGUCACUCGUGAGAGCGUUCAACAAGCAAUUGGAAAUGGAAUCACUGCAGAACAGAUCAUCCACUUUUUGCGGACCAGAGCACACCGAGUGAUGUUGAACCAGACUCCUGUUCUACCUCCAACAAUCACUGACCAGAUUCGUCUUUGGGAGCUGGAGAGAGAUCGUCUUCGUUUCUCUGAAGGUGUCCUCUACAACCAGUUCCUGUCACAGGUGGAUUUUGAGCUUUUAAGAAACUAUGCAAGGGACCUUGGUGUGCUUGUGUUUGAAAAUCCCGCUCGACGUGUAAUGGUAGUGACACCAGGAGGCCAUUCAGAUGUGAAACGCUUCUGGAAACGUCAGAAACACAGCCCUUGAAGACUGGUUUUAAUUCCUUUAACUGCUUUCGGAACUAUACAGGUUUUGGUUCUCGUUCUGUGUAAAGAAGAGACAGGACAAUUUUGAGAAUAUGUUGGUGUAAAAGGACAAUCCAGAUUGUCAUGGAACCCCUAUGCUCAUCUGCUUUGGUUGUUCAGACACUGCGAAGGUCAUCCGCAACCCACCUUUCCUGGUUUAGUGCAACUUAUGAUGGAAGAUUGAGGACUGUGGCUGGCAGCAUCAUUCUGGGCAGUGAUUCACUAAAAGCAGAUUUGCUGCUACAGAUAUAUUUUUAUGUUCACUCGUGUGAACUGUUUUUUUGUACAAACACAGGAUUACUCUCACUAACUCUGUAUGUGCCCAACACAAAAAUAUUUCGCCAUCCCAUGGUAAAGAUGUCCCUAUUAACACAAGGAGGUUUUUGCAGUAUAGUUGCUGUUUCAUUGACCUCACAUCACACUGAUGAUUCACUGCUAUUGAGCUUCUGUUCGAAGACUAGAUGGCUCUACAUAAUGCAUAUUUAAACUGGGGAGAGUUCUGGUUUUAAUUCCUUUAACUGCUUUUGGAACUAUACAGGUUUUGGUCACCUCCAUAUGAAGUAUGCAGGACCAGCAUGGCAUUUCUUGUAUAGAAAAUUGCCAGGCUCGUCAUUUUAUGAUGCAUUGUGAACUCAAGGCGUUGAAACCACAACUCACUAAAGUGGGAGUUGGCAAAGGGGUUUCUUCUGCCAUCUCCCACCUUAGUGAAGUUUUAUAAAGUAACCAGAAUGGCUGUCAUUUACAAAUGUACCUCUCAAAUGGUAUCCUUCGGUUCAGUGAAAACAUUUUCAGUGUAAAAUGAUAUCUGGUUUUUGUAUUGGUAAUGGCUUGUAAGAAAAAAGUAAGGGACUUGUAAAUAAUAAAAAAA